GUGUGUUCUUUUUUUACAGCUGUUUGUUGACGUUGACAUUUUGCCAUCCAUCUCGACUCCUCGGACGUAAAUAAAUUCUAAUGAAUUACUAAAUAUUGUUCCAAGUAACUGCAUUCCGAAUGUAACUGUAGCAAGUCAAUCCACACAAAUGUCCAACUAUCAAGAAAUUGUUAACUUAAAUGUAGGCGGCACCAGAUUCUCAACAUCAUGGCACACAUUGACCUGGGUCCCAGAGACAUUCUUCACAGCUCUCCUCAGCGGCAGGAUCCCCACAGUGAGAGACGAGACUGGGGCCAUAUUCAUAGACAGGGAUCCAAACCUCUUUGGUCUCAUAUUGAACUUCCUUCGUACUCGGGAUAUAGAUCUUAAUAACAUUAAUAUAAGGGCAUUGAGGCACGAGUGUGAUUACUUUGGCAUAACUCCACUGAGCAGAAGAUUAGCCUUAUGUGAUGAGAUGAACCAUUCAACCUGUGGAGAUGUACUGUUUUAUGGAUACCUGCCACCUCCAUUGAACACAGCACUGCCAAGUGGCAACAGCGGGCGGAACGGCAACACAUGCUCACGGAAGAACUCCACAGCCUCUAACACUGAGGUGGCAGUAAACAGAACACAUUCGCGGAACUCCUCGCUGGAUCUCCGCACUGUUGGCAGAAUACCUUCACAAGAUCAGCUAAGUCGUUGCGGCCGGGGUCACUCGAGAGCAGCGUCGCUAGGUAAUGCGGACUGCCACAAAGGACAUCGGCCGCCAGACAUGAGCACUUGGGCUGACAGCAUGAAAGUUCAAAUCAUUAAAGCACAUCACAACUGGGUAGCUGUCGCCUAUACACAUUUUGUCACUGGUUAUAGGUUAACAGACUCUUGCGGUUGGUACGUGGUGUUCCAAUCUCCGGUACAAGACAGUGUAAUAGAGCGAAUAGCUUUGAACGCUAAAACUGGAGGGGGUGGGGGCACUUCCAGUGGGAACAACUCUACGGGCACUGACGUCAUGUUAGGCAUAGCCAGCGGGGCGCAUGUCCGACUGUGGGCCUUCUCUACGCAUAGCGAACCUGUUAGGCGUACCUUGGUUGGUACUUUCAAUCUUGGCGUUCGCGUAGAACACCUACUAUUCGUAGGUCCUCAGCUUGUAGCUCUAAGUGGAGCCGGCAGCCGCAGCAAGGCAGGCGUGUGGCACACGAGCACACAGCACUGGCAGACGCAGGACGUGGCACACCUCACCACGUACGACACCGCCGGCUCCUUCCUGCUGCUCGGUACUGCGACUGGAGCUAUCAACUACAUUGACAUGCAAAAGUUCCCGUUACGUAUGAAAGAUAAUGAUCUACUAGUGACGCAGCUAUACAAGGACCCGAAUCAAGAGCCAAUCACAGCUAUAUCUGUGUAUCUCACUCCUAAAACGAAUUUAUGCGGCAACUGGAUAGAAAUAGCUUACGGCACUCGUUGCGGUUCGGUGCGAGUCAUAGUACAGCACCCAGAGACGGUGGGCCAUGGGCCACAGUUGUUCCAGACUUUUACAGUGCACCAGAGUCCUAUCACUAAGGUAUCAUUAUCAGAAAACUACCUAGUAUCAGUGUGCAGCGAGUACAACCAUGUGAGAACAUGGCGGGUCACACGAUUCCGAGGCAUGAUCUCCACGCAGCCCGGCACCACGCCUAAGGCUGCCUUCAAGGUGUUAGCUUUGGAAGCUCCUACAGCACAGCCCCAUAAUGACUGUGGUCCGUACGGCGAGCAAGACGAAGAGCAAGUAUUCAUACAAAAAGUUGUUCCUGACACAGAUACGCUUUACGUCCGUCUAGCUUCGAAUGGGAAACGAGUCUGCACAAUCCGUUCAGUAGACGGUUCAGCGGUAUCGUGCUUCGUGGUAGCGGAAUGUGAAGGGGCAUUGCGACCGCGUCGCCUGCUGCUGUGUGGGCACCGAUCGGGGGCCACGCAGAUGUGGGACCUGACUGCACCUAUUGAUAAGGCUGCUAAACUACAGCCGGGGCCUGCUAAUGGAGCAGAGGGUGAAGAAUCUCCGGCCCCCGACGGGGGUCCAACUCCGGACGAACUAGUCCGUCUACUAUCAGCUUGUGACCUGGACGCCACGCCAGCGCCCGUGGUACCGCAGUCCCCGAACAGGCCCAUACAAGCGCCAUGAAACUCGGCCUCCAACCUCUGCGGAGCCCUACUCAGGUUUUACUCUUUAGUCGUCAACGCUUGACGUGAUCUGACUGUUCUCUCUUAGCGCCAGAGUUUUGAAUUUCGAAAAUGUGUCGAUGGGUUUACUGUCUAUGGUAUUUGAUGACGCCAUUUUUAUUCUCAAAUGUUUUCUUAGCUGUCGCAGUUUUAGCAGUUAUUUUCGUAAAAGGUGUUAACAUUUAAAAUACCUGCCACUACCUUGCACAUGGUAGGUAAUUUGGUCAUGAUUUUCCUUAACUUUUUUGAUGAUUCUGCGAGUUAUAUCCACUUCAGUAAUUUAAAAGGGGAGAGACCGCUACACCAAAAUCAUUAUUAAUACCACAUAUCGAUUACGAUCUGAAGGUACCAAUAGACCUCUCGACAUAUUCUUCGAUUUGGCACAGUAAAAUCAAAACUGACUACAUAUAUUUUCUAGUAAGCUUUUACUGUUAUGUAUCGCGUAAACGUAGAUAGAUAUUUCAAAUAUAAAAUUAACAUCAUAAAUUCGACUAAAUUGAAUAAAUAAAUUGCCAAUUUUUGCCUUAUGAUACACUCAAAAUAUUUAAUCUAAUAUUGGUGUGAUUAUCGUAUGUAAAUGAAUUAUAUUGAUCGUAUAUUUUUCUCCACUAGAUUGUAAAUAAAUUGCAAUUUUCAUUGUUCAAGUGUCCGCCUAUUUAUUCACUUUUCUCACUGGUAAAUAUUUGAAGUUUGCAAUUUAAUGUUUUAUAUUUUUGCAAACGUGUUGUAACAUUGCUUCUGAAAAUUUGUGGCCUAUGUGAAACGGUCUUGGUUCAUUUUAUAAGUAAAUGAAAAACAUACAGAUGAUAUUAGCACGCAUAAUGGGGCCCACGAAGUAUUGGGUGGGGCCCACACUGCCCAAUGUAUAAGAGGGCCCUAUUAAUAUGGUAUAUCACUAUGGAAAUUAUUUACCAAGACCGUUAACCUAGUGAACAAGGAACGUACAGAUAGCAGGAUGAUCGAACUGUCAUGGCGGUGGCAUGAAGUAUAUGCAAAAGUGUACGUUUUAUUUUUAUUUAUGUUAUUAUUUCUCCAAAACUUUUCUCAUAUUACGACAACGUCAAGAGAAAGAUAACGCUGAUAUUUUGCUUAAACUCGUUUAAUACAGGGUUCUGUUAAAAUAUCAUUAAUUAAAUAGAGUACCUACUUACUCCGCUAAGUUAAUCCAACAAUUUGAUACAUUUUAACUGAAACCUUAGAAUAUAAAAGCUAACUGCAACUUACUAAUUGCCUAAAACAGUAUCUAUGAGCCGUACAAUGCAAAAAAUAAAGGUUUCUUUAGUCUCGAAUUAUGCCAGUGUUCAUUCGUCAUUAUUUCUAUUAAAAUUUUAUAACGAGUCGUGUUCGUAUAGUUAUCGAGUGCAAAGUUUAAUCGCGUGUAAGACUGAUUUGAUUCACAAGCUCAAUCACGAAAAAGUUCGCUAUCAUUAUUAUCUAGAUUUUGUUUUAAUAUUUUGUAUAUUAAGUAUAAUUUAAUGUUACAAUGUAUGUAUAUUUUACUCAAAUUGAAAUAAUUUGGAUAGAUGUGAUCAUUUUUGUAUGUACAUGUUUCUUGUUAGUUUAACUUGGCUUAGAAAUAUAUACACUGAUAUCAAAUGCAUUUAUUAACGGGGUGUUAAAAAUGUAACCGUAGUCAGACAAAUCUCUAUUCUACUUCAACUACGUAAGGAUCAUUUUAGAUUAUUUAACAAUAAGGCGGGUUUUAUUGCAGCUUAUCGAUGUUUAAGUGGAAUGAACGUUUUAAUGUCGACUAUUUUUGAAAAAUAUACUUAAAUAAAAAUAUCAUAUCAAAAGUUUAGAAAAAUAAAAUUGAGGAUUUUAAGUGUUAACUUUAUCCCAAUAUAUAUUUAAAAAUAAAACAAUGUUGUCUAAGAACAUAUCACACGGCAAAGAAGUGUUCUUGUGGUCCUUUAAGCUUUCGUAAGCUUUUCCAGCAUGGAUAUAAAAAUCUUUUUCAAUUCUGAUGAACGUUUUUGGCACGCGCCGGCAAUCAUAGUUGACGGAAAUUGAGCCUAAAUAGAUAUAAUUAAAUAAAUGCUGAAAUAUAUUUUCUGAACGCAUAGUACUUGGUUCGAAGUGAAAUAGAUUUUUGUCUCAUUUAAAAUUUUAUAUUUAUGUGCGUUUUCAAACGAGUGUAUGCUAUUUAUGGUGUAAAUUAGAUUGUUCCUAGAUAAUACAAAAUUAUGUAUAUACGGAGUAAAUAAAAUAUUAUUUACA